UAUGUGUUGGUUCUCACUAAUUAUCCCUUACUUUUUUGGUAGAAAGAUUUUUCUUAAUUAUAUUUCCCAGUUAGAGGGAUUUGUUGCUAAUUUUCCCUUCGUAUUGCCUAUAAACCUUAGGGAAUAAAAUAAUCAUAUAUUUUGGGAGAGAUCUCCUUUCCUAAACGGGGAAAAGAAAAUGGUAUCACACACACUCACACACCAGUCACCACAAAGCAUUAUUCACAUUCUUGAUUUCCAUCACCUUUGCGCCGAAAAACAAAUGUCAGACAUUCCCUCCGACCUCCAUCAUGAAAUACUCCGUCGACUCCCCGCCGAUUCUCUCCUCCGCUUUCGUGCCGUCUGCAAGUGGUGGCGCCGCCUCAUCGACGAGCCAUCCUUCGUCAGAACCCACGCCGCCAAUCAAACUUCCUCCACCACCCUCCUCAUCAGAAACUCAACCGCCACUCGAUUUUAUUCCUUAACUCUGGACUCCCUAAACUUCGACGACGCCCACCAGGUGAUCGACGUAAUGCCCGUGAAGGCUCUCUUCCGCGUAGGCCUGCCUCGCUCACCUGUUCUGCCGGUAGCUUGUUGCAACGGCCUGAUUCUCCAUUCCCAAUACGAGAAUGAAAAGACUUGGGUUAUAUGGAACACCUUAACCAGAGAGUUCCACGAGUUGCCCCAGUUCAAUACCGAGUUCGACGAUGCCUAUUCGAGCUUCAGAGGUGGUGGGAUCGGGUACGAUUCCGCUUCCGACGACUACAAAGUUGUGAGGAUAGAUUCACUGGACUACGACAGUGAUAGUAGAACUGUAUACCAAACUAGUUUUUAUAGUCUAAAAAUGGAUUCUUGGACGAUGACUAAGGAUUGCCCUUACGACUUUUCGUGGAUGAGGCAGCUUACCGGGGUUUUCCUCGACGGCGCAUUGCACUGGAUAUUACGGAACAUGAUAGUUGCGGUUGUUCUUGAAACUGAAGAUUACAGAGAGCUGCCUCUGCCCGCGAAUUCGGAGGAACUUUCCGGCGUGCAUCUAGAUGUGCUGGAUGGAUGCUUGGUUGUGAGUUGCUUCUACCCGAUGGAUCGAUUGGAUGGAUGGGUGAUGAAAGAUUGUGGAGUGGAGAAAUCGUGGGUGAAGUUGUUUUCGUUUAGGGAAGUGGGAGAUAUUGUUGGAGUUAUGUGGUGCCUCAGGCCUAUUGCUUAUAUCAAGAGCAAAGGGCACGUUUUUCUUCAGCAUGGUGACGCGUUUUUUCGGUUGGAUGUUGAGAGUAAUUCUUUGAAGAAGGUUAUUGUUCGUGGGCUCCCGCGUAAGUUCUCGUCUCAAAUUAUGGUGGAAAGUCUGUUACGACUUGAUCAAAGUUGUGCUGUUACAGUGAAAAAUAGAGCAGGGAUGAAGAGGAAGAGGAACACGGCUGAUGCAAGGGUAAAACACUCUGUAAGUAUCGUUGAUGUUUGUUCGAGUGAGGGCGAUGAUUAGUGCUUUGAACAACUCGGGUUUGGUGGAAGCCUGAAAGAAGGCAUGGCUCUUGUGAAUCCAAACAUCCCUCUCAUUUUGAAUUCUUUUUAAUAGGUUAUUAUAUGCAGGGAGAAUUAUAUUUUUCGUCCUCAUACUUUACCCACUUUUUCAAAACUGUCCCUCAACAUUUUCGAGUUACAAUAUUAGUCCUUAGUCAUGACAUUUUUUGACAUAAUUGGUCCGCCGUUUAUUAAGCUCAAAUUAA